AUGAACGCCUGUCUCGGUGGAAUCUGGCUCUGGCUCCCUCUGCUCUUGACCUGGCUCAGCCCUGAGGUCAGCUCUUCAUGGUGGUACAUGAGAGCUACAGGUGGCUCCUCCAGGGUGAUGUGUGACAAUGUGCCAGGCCUGGUGAGCCGCCAGCGGCAGCUGUGCCACCGACACCCGGACGUGAUGCGUGCCAUCGGCCUGGGCGUGGCCGAGUGGACAGCAGAGUGCCAGCACCAGUUCCGCCAGCACCGCUGGAACUGCAACACUCUGGACAGGGAUCACGGCCUCUUCGGCAGGGUCCUGCUUCGAAGUAGCCGGGAAUCUGCCUUUGUUUACGCCAUCUCUUCAGCUGGAGUUGUAUUUGCCAUCACCAGGGCCUGUAGCCAAGGAGAAUUAAAAUCCUGUUCCUGUGACCCAAAGAAGAAGGGAACCGCCAAGGACAGCAAGGGCACUUUCGACUGGGGUGGCUGCAGUGAUAACAUUGACUAUGGGAUCAAGUUUGCCCGAGCCUUUGUGGACGCCAAGGAAAGGAAAGGAAAGGAUGCCAGAGCCCUGAUGAAUCUUCACAACAACAGAGCCGGCAGGAAGGCUGUAAAGCGGUUCUUGAAACAGGAGUGCAAGUGUCAUGGCGUGAGCGGCUCAUGUACCUUGAGGACCUGCUGGCUGGCCAUGGCCGACUUCAGAAAAACAGGCGAUUAUCUCUGGAGGAAGUACAACGGAGCCAUCCAAGUUGUCAUGAACCAGGAUGGCACUGGUUUCACUGUGGCUAACAAGAGGUUUAAAAAGCCAACGAAAAAUGACCUCGUGUAUUUUGAGAAUUCUCCAGACUACUGUAUCCGGGACCGAGAUGCAGGCUCCCCGGGUACAGCAGGCCGUGUGUGCAACCUGACUUCCCGAGGCAUGGACAGCUGCGAAGUCAUGUGCUGUGGGAGAGGCUAUGACACCUCCCGCGUCACCCGGAUGACCAAGUGCGAGUGUAAGUUCCACUGGUGCUGUGCUGUGCGCUGCCAGGACUGCCUGGAAGCCCUGGAUGUGCACACGUGCAAGGCCCCGAAGAGCCCCGACUGGGCGGCUCCCACAUGA